UGAUGCAAAUUAGGGUUUCGUUUUGUUUCAUAGCUUUCAUCAAUGCAGGUUCAGGAAACCAGAUCGGGGGAAGGAGAUAGAAUGGUGACGAGGAAGCAGAAAGCCGAGGCUAAAACGGGUGAAGCCGAAGCCGAAGCCGAGCACGCGCCGAAGAAGGCUCGAGCCGACGAGGAGGACGAGGAACGAGAAAAACAGACAAAGAAAGAAGAAACCGAAAGUCGUGAGAACAAUUGGAAAUCUACAGAAGACGUUAAAGCCGAGUUCGAGAGGCUCUGUAAGGUCACGCGCGAGCAUCUUUCGAUCCAGCAGAUGCGAGACAUUCUAGAAGCCAAUGGUCAGAACGCCGCCGGCUCCGACGACGCCGUCGUCCCCAGAUGUCAGGAUAUUCUCUACUACGGGCCGCUCGAUGACUGCCCCAUCUGCGGCGGGUUUCUGGAAGUUUCCGAUUCGACUUACACUUGCACAGGAACUUUCAGUGAGUGGUCGGCUUGUAUCUACAACACUCACGAUCCUCCGCGUACGGACAAGCCGCUUGUCUUACCGGACUCUAUCAAAAACUCCGGCGUCGUUGAUCAGCUGCUGAAGAAGCACCAGGACCCCAAGGACCGGCCCCGCCCUUUACUGCGGAACGCCGACAAGCCUUUUAAGGGAAUGCUGAUUUCCUUGUCGGGGCGUUUGAGCCGCACGCAUCAAUAUUGGAAGUCGAAGAUCGAGAGGCAUGGAGGGAAGGUUGUGAAUUCGGUGAACGAGGCGACUUGUCUAGUGGUGUCACCGGCGGAACGAGAGCGCGGCGGAUCGUCGAAGCUGUCGGAUGCACUGGAGAAGGGAAUUCCGGUGGUGAGGGAAGCAUGGUUAAGCGACAGCAUCGAGAGGAAGCAAUCUCAGCCGUUGGAUUCCUAUGACGUGGCCACCGAUCUCGCCGUCGCCGGCAGAGGCAUUCCUCUCUACCGACAGGACGCCGGCGAGGAGGCCCUCGCCACCAUCGCCGCCGAGCUGAAAAUGUACGGAAAGAGGUCUGUCCAUAAAGACACCAAACUGCAAGAUCAUGGCGGGCGAAUACUCGAGAAAGAUGGAAUUCUGUACAACUGUGCAUUUGCAGCCUGCGAUUGCUGGCAUUGGCACGGGCUCAACGAGUACGGACACGAGUCACACGAACAAACAACCUCCUUCUGCAUAAUGCAGCUGAUAAUGGUGCCAGAUGACCGCCUAUAUCUGUACUACAAGAAAGGCAAAAUCGGGGACGAAGCAGGCAUCCAUGAAAGCUUGGAUGAGUACAAAAUUGUCGACGAGGCAAUCCGCAAGUUCGUGGAGCUUUUCGAGGCCGAAACAGGGAACGAAUUUGAGCCGUGGGAGAGGGAGAAGAAAAUCCACAAGAAGAAGCAUAAAUUGUUCCCUAUCGACAUGGACGACGGAGUUGAUGUUAGACACGGUGGUUUAGGGCUCCGGCAGCUCGGCGUGGCAGCGGCGCACUGCAAGCUCGAGCCGCGGGUUGCGAAUUUCAUGAAAGUCCUGUGUGGACAGGAGAUAUACAGAUAUGCUUUGAUGGAGAUGGGGUUGGAUUUCCCGGAGCUUCCAUUGGCAAUGCUCACAGAAAAUCAUCUAAAAACAUGCGAGAAGUUUGUUCUGGAAUUGGUGGAUAAGUUGAGGAUGAGCAAAGAGACGGGGAUUAGACGCGAUUCAAUGUGGUCGGAUUUCAGCCAGAGGAUUUUCACGUUACUACCGUCGGUGAGGCCGGACAUUUUCAGGGAUUUCGAGGAUGUAGCCAAUCAUGCUGCGGCGGUGGUCGAGGCUGUUCGGGACAUAAAUGUGGCUUCCCGACUCAUCGGGGACAUGUCAGGCGCGACGUUGGAUGAUCCGUUGUUCGAACGGUACAAGAAAUUGGGGUGCUCUAUAUCUGCAGUAGAAAAAGAUACCGACGAUUAUAGGAUGGUCUCGAACUAUCUCGAGAAAACAUACGAGCCCGUCAAAGUCGGAGAGAUCAGCUAUGGAGUGUCGAUUGACAAUGUAUUUUCCGUAGAGUUGAGCUCGUGCCCGUCGUACGACGAAAUCAAGAAGCUUCCGAACAAAGUCUUGCUAUGGUGUGGUACUCGGAGCUCGAAUCUGUUGCGGCAUUUGCACAAAGGGUUCUUGCCCGCGAUUUGUUUUCUCCCCGCGGCCGGGUACAUGUUUGGGAAGGCGAUAGUUUGCUCCGACGCGGCCGCGGAAGCGGCAAGAUAUGGUUUCACGGCAGUCGACCGGCCGGAGGGAUUUUUGGUUUUAGCAGUUGCUUCAUUAGGUGACCAUGUGACACAGCUCACUAGUCCCCCAAAGGAUACGAAAACGAUGGAGGAGAAGAAGAUCGGGGCGAUGGGACUUGGUAGGAAAAAGACAGACGAAUCGGAGCAUUUUAUGUGGAAGGAUGACAUAAAGAUUCCCUCCGGGAAGCUUAUUCCUUCCGAACACAAAGACAGCUUCCUCGACUACAACGAAUUCGCUGUUUACGACCCGAAUCAGGUUAGCAUAAGGUUCUUGGUGGCUGUAAAAUUCGAAGAGAAGGGCGUCGAAUACGACACGGCUGAGUAGCCGAUUGGCAAGAACAGUGACAGCUAUCCAGGCCAAGAACUACUUGUGCUGUUUUGGACAACAUUUAGGUGAAGGGUUCAUUUUGCCUGUCUGUACAGAAAUGUUGUAUGAUGACACAUGUUUUGCUUGCCUAGAGUCAUCAAUCUUGUAGGAACACUAAAAACUCGAUAUCUUAGACUUGUGCGUGUAAAUUGGGUUUCCAAUUAUUCCAAUUUCUCCCAAUCAACCAUCAAAAAUUCAAAAUAA